AUGACUCUCACCGACGAAGAGCUCGAUCGCGACUGGCAGCCCAGUGGCCGUCGCCCUCAAUCGUCUGUAUCCCCCCCCCUAUGCUCACCUCAAUUGAAGACGCCUGCCAUUACCAUCGCCCGCUCUUUUAGUGCAGAGUUGAUGGACAUCUUCCGCAUCGAGAACUCGCUCACCGAUCUGGAUCAGCAAGUCCACGAUAAGAAGCAAACAGUCGACAAGAACACCGAAGAACUCGCCUCUCUCGAAGCCCGCAUCCGCGAAAUGGAAGAUCGCCUACGUCGCUCUGUAGGCGGCACCCAUCAGCGCUCUCCUCUGCCACAGGUCCAGACACAGAACACCAACCAGUCCCAGACUCAGCAGCAGCAGCAGCAGUCAAGCUCCCUCGAUGCUCCCUCGGACGACUCCAAGGCUCGCUCACGACCGGGAACUGCCCGCGCUUCUCAGCAAGCUCCCUCCUCGGGCAACAUGCCCCCGACCCCGGGUGCCAGUGAAGGUGAAUACUACGUCGUCACCCGCGAUGACUUACAAGACGGCCCGCGCUGA